AUAAUCACCGAGUUCUCACGGAGGGGGUCAACCGUGGCAACUCGGAGAGAAAGAGCGAUGGGUUCACUAGGGAUCCCCAGCGCCAGGGCAGGAGGCACCAGAUCCAGUUCACCUUCACACCCUGGCAAGUGCAGGAGAUGGAGACCAUGUUCCAAGAGACUCAGUACCCAGAUGUGCUUACAAGAGAGGUGCUUGCCAGAAGCAUGGAUGGGUCUGAAGCCAAGGUGCAGAUAAGGUUUAACAACAGGAGAGCCAAACAGAGGGCCAGGGAGAAGAAAGCAAUGCUCAGGAGCACAGCAGGUGCAAAAGCCCCCCUGGUCUUGCCUGCUGGUGAGGAAAGAAAUGGGGAAGAUUCACGUGACCAGUCCUCCCCUGGACUGGGAGCCUCUGCAGCAGAAUGGGGCGGAGUAGAAGGACCAGGGGAACUGGGGAGAAAGGAGAAGAAUGGAGCCAGUCCUUCUGCUGUAGACACCUCUGGCGUCAGGGGUGACUGGACCCAAAAGGGGGCCAGCGGCAGUAGCCAGAAAAAUGAGCGUCGGCCUCAGAAUCGGGUCCCUGAGUGUAGGUGGGGCACUGAGGACGUGCACCCUGUGCCAGUGCUGGUGCCUCGUGCCCAGCGGAGGCAGCGUGUGGGAUCCCGAUCCCGGGGACAGUCUGUGUCUCUAAAGUGCCCCCGCAUACGGCCAGUUUUGGUGUCCACUGUACAGCCUGUGCCAGUGCUGGUGCCCCACCGCCCCCUCCGGGACGGAUUUACAGAGCCACAGCUGCAGGAGCUGGAACAGGUUUUCCAGAGAAACCACUAUCUCCGUGCUGAAGAAGGAAAACAGCUGGCAAGGGGAACGGGUGUGACUGAGGCCAAGUUGCAGAGAUGGUUUAAGAAGAGGAGAGUGCAGUUCAGGAGAGAACACAGUCAGUCAAGGAUGAAUGAUGAUGCCCCACCCAGGACCCACUCCACCUCUCUGAAGAUGGCGCAGGAGCCCUAG